AUGGCACGCAGUGCUAAAGAUCUGCGUGACUUUAUCUGUGUGUCUAGACUGACAAUUCGCGACAGUGACGAGGAAUUGAGUGACAAUGAACUUGGAUUGCCAGAUUCAUUCAGUUCUUUGAGUCUUGAUGACAGACCUGAUACUGCAUCUCGGUACAACAGUAAAAGUGAUUCAUUCUUGCCCAAUGGAAAUGGGUUUCAGCCCCGACCACCGUCUAAAACAAGGCCAAGAUCAACAGGUGCUAAACCCAAGAAAAAGAUAACCAAGCAGGAUAAUCAUUAUCCUUCAUUGGUCACUUCACCAAUGCUGCAAAAACUAGAUUUUCCACAUGUCAAAGUUCCACUGCCUCCAGUUGGAAGUAGAGGAAAUUCAAAACCAAGCAGUAGUAAUACCAGUAGCAGUGAUGGGUCUCCUAAGGGUGCUAUGGCAGGCUACUCUCCAACAACUAAGCAAGGCAAUGUGGAUCAUAUAUUGCAAUAUCUGGAUGAAAACAUUGUUGCACAGUGGUUAUUAAGAGCCAAUCAAAUGGUCAAUGAAAUUUCAAUGUGGUGUAAUUCUAGUGAUAACUAUAUCCAUUUUGCUAAUUUUUGGUUGAAGGAUUUCCCUGAAAAUCAAAGAACGCAGAUAUUCAAUCUGGAAGUUAGCAUCCUGUAUGAUGAAAUGUCAGUUGCAUUUUCUGACGGCAUAAAAACUGGCGAAGUGAAAGACUCAGAUCUUAACCACAUACUUAUGGCAGUUUUUAGAGAGUAUCCUGAGAAAUUAUGUAGCUCAAAAGGGCCAUACCUGUUUCUCAACAUUCUAGAUACGUUGUCAUCAGAAAAGAAGGAUGAUUACAAAAAACUGCUUUCUGAUAUUAAAAUAUCAACACGAAAUAAAGAGUAUGCUCAGAUGAUGCUAGCUACCAGAGCAUUUGCCUUAAUGAACGUGUGGUAUGCAGUGAUCAACUUUUAUAGAACUAUACAAAGCGGAAGUUCCAUGGUCGGUGAUGAUGUUGCAGAAGGUGAGCAGAGUACAAAGAAGGAUGUAGCAAACAUAACGUCAGAGAGAGGAUUUAAAGCAGUGCAAUACGGUUAUAUGGAGUUUCUUUACUAUCUAAUGAAGUGCAAAAAAUUGAGUCCUUUGGAUAAAGACUGUCAUGAUAGGACGUUGAUAUUCACGGCCGUUAUGCACAACCAGUCUGUUGUACUUAAGUUUCUUCUAACCAAGGUUCAGCCAAGGAUCGAUGUGAAUGCAGCCUCAGAUACUGGUAACACACCACUACAUGCAGCAGCUAAUCAAGGCUAUGUCAAUAUAGUUGAAUUACUCAUACAAAGAGGUAGAGCCAAUGUAAAUGCUACAAAUCCACAGUGUGAGGGCGCUACACCACUUCAUCUGGCUGUGAUGCAUGGUCAUAAAGAAGUGUGCGAUGCAUUGAUAAAAGGAAAUGCUGACGUGCAUGCUAAAAUGGGUGAUUUGACACCCCUGGAGAUGGCCACAGAUAUGGGACAUGACCAAAUACUAGCAUUGUUGAUGCUGUCACUGCCACAAGAGGGUGCUGUUCAAGAUAGUGACAUCACAGAUACUGCUUAG